UGUGUGUGCAAGUGUGCAGAUAGACGCGCUCUUUCGCUCUGUCGCAUAUGGUUUGCCAGUUAGCCGCAUACAACAUGACAACUUAGAUAAAAGCAAACACUUGUUUGCCUCCAGUUGCCGUUGUCGAUUUACACAUUUUGUUUGCAAAAUUUCUGCUCACCAUUUGCUGCGACAUCUCAAUCUUUUACAAUACCGACCACGUUUAGAAUCACUCGUGCUUAGAAUAGUUUUGGACAGCUAAGAAUUUUCGUUGAGAGAGAGAGAAAGAAAAAAGAUCAACGCGUCCACAUUUAUUUUCGAAUCAAAACAUCAACAAUUUGUUUGUAGUAUUCCGUAUCGUAAAGUGAUAAUAAAAUAAAGAACGAAAAAUAUGUCUCUACCAAUUGCUUACUUGACCCGGAAAGAGAGUUUUAGCGCAUGUCAUCGCUUGCAUAGCAAAGAUUUGAGUGACGAAGAAAAUCAACUCAUUUACGGCAAAUGCAAUCACAUCAAUGGUCAUGGCCAUAAUUACACAGUUGAAGUGACGAUUCGAGGAGCGGUUGAUAGAAAAACCGGCAUGGUUAUGAAUAUCACAGAGUUGAAAGAUCACAUGGAUCACGCAAUCAUGAAACCAUUAGAUCAUAAAAAUUUGGACGUAGAUGUGGAUUUCUUUAAAAUUCGGCCCAGUACCACCGAAAAUGUAGCAGUGUUCAUUUGGCAAAAUCUCACGCGGCGCAUGCAUCGCCCAGAACUAUUGUACGAGGUGAAAAUCUAUGAAACAGAUAAAAACAGUGUGAUUUACCGUGGAAGAACUUUUGACAACGGCAAUUCAAAUCGAGUGCACAGCUCCGUUUCAUCCGAUUCCGACUAGUUCCAGGGCCAUUUGACGGAACAGUUUUUGACAAUUGCACCAAGCAAACACACUGUAUACGCACCAUUGACGAUAAUUUUCAACAACAAAAAUACGAAACCAUUAGGGAUUUUGAGAUACGAAAAAAGCUAUUUUAUCUUUUUUUUAUUCGAAAUUAAUCAGUUUUAUUUUGGGCAUUUCAUAUUUUAAAGAAAUAAUUUACAAAAAAUAAUAAUAUGUAUAAUUAUGAUUUUCAUAUUCAGGCCAUUUUCAUCGAAUUUUUUCUUUUUGUAUUCAUAAUUUAAUUGAUUUACGCUAUUUUAUUUAUACGGUGCAGAAAAACGAAUCGCUUUCUUUUGUAAAAGUAUUAAAUAGAUUGUUGUUAUUGUUGUUUAAAAAAAUAUUCAACUUCAAUACAUAAAUAAAAUCGAAACAGUCAAAUUUAA